CUACAACGAUAAGUAUACCAACAGUUGUUGGGUUCAGUACUUCUUACACUUGAACUGACUUUGCACUCAGCACAUUUGCGGUUCAAAGUCAACGUGCCUCGUAACUUAACUGCCAAAUUGUGCCCCAGGCCAGGACAGAUAUAUCAAUGCUAGUAUUAUGGUAUAUGGAUCUUUGAUAUACCAAGGCAUUGGACUUACACAAUGCACAAAUGGUAUGGGUGGAUUUAGUUAUUCUUCAUAGCAUGACAUCAGAAGGUCAGGUUAGUACUUAUUCUUGAGGUAUGAUAUUUUAACGGUUCAUGAUAUAUGCCAGGCUAAUCAAUCGACGCACACAAGUACAACUCUGGCUUAAUCCGAUUUAAAAUUUGCGGCACGCUACCAAACUGAUCUUGUCUAAGCCUUUUUGUCUAUGAGAUCCCCAAUAUUGAUCAGACUGGCGGGUGCCAAUAAUGCACAAACAUCAAAAUGAAAAAAGCUUUACAAUAUGGUGAUUUCAUAGUUAAGUCAGUCAGUAAUAUUGUACGGAUUCAAUGUGCUGGGUUCAUUCUGGGAUAUAAAGAAGAGUUGUAAAGAAUUCAACAGAGCCCUGAAAUCGUCUGUCUGCAUUUACUUUCUCCGCCAAUAGCGAAUGUUCUGAAACAAUCCAUUCACUCCAACACAGAGACGCCACAUACUAACUAGCACUAACAACGUCUAUAUCACGAUAGGUUAGACUUAAACGUCAGGUGCCGGUAAAGAGGAUUCACUACUCAUAUUUAAAAUGCCUGAGAUCACCUUGUAUAUCUAUUGGGGUAGCCCACAAUGUCGGGCUGUCCUGAUGACGGCCAAGUUACUGGGCCUGCAGCCAAACGUGUUGGAAGUAGACAUGAUGAAGAACUACCACAAACAUCCAGAGUUUAAGCAGAUAAAUCCAGACCAGACCCUCCCAGCUCUAACAGACGGCAAGACAAGAGUAUCACAGAGUCGAGAAAUCAUGAAGUACCUUUGUGAUGGCUACGGUGGUUCAAGUUACAAAGGUAACAAGCCCUCCAUUUACCCCAAGACUAAGAUACGCUCCCUGGUUACCGCCUACCUAGAAUACGACGCCAAAGCGGUCGCACCAAUCGUCCACAAAUAUGCGGUGGACGUCUCCAGAAACCGACUACCAGAUCAGGAGGUUGAGAAUGAUGUCAAGGACAUUCUGGCAGACUUAGACGGCAAGCUAAAGGGCAAGAAAUAUGUGGCAGGCAACCAUGUGUCUAUCGCCGACAUCUCCCUACGUUUCAGCAUAGACAUGCUGCUGGUGCUGGACUACGACCUCAACCCGUAUGAGCACGUGAAGGCGUGGACUGAGAGUAUGACUGAUGUGCCAUUCUUUCGACAGAUCCAGCACGAGUUCAAGGAGUGGAUGCAUCGGGUCGAGACCACGCCAAGGAGCUGUUGCACUUGCUGGGAUGAACUAGACUAAAUGACCAGAUUGAACUCCGAUCAACAUGUUCUAUGAUAUAUUGUACUGUUGCAGAUACUUUGAGGCGGGGCUUUUCAGAAAAUGGAGUGCUUUAAACCCGUUAAUUAAGCUAUGCCACUUGUAAUGUUGAGAGCAAGUUGGUAGAAUGUUUAGGAGAAAAGCUCCCCUGUCUUCAGAAUCUGAACUGUAUACGCUAUGUCAAAGACGUUCUUGGGAGCUCAUACUAAAAACGAAUCAUUUUGCCUACAGCAUGUUCAACGUCGGUAUAUCAAUAGCAACAAUAUAUUCUAGAUUAAAGCUCUUCAGUGAUUUGCUGUUAUUAGGUUGGGAGACAAUUACGCGUGCAGCCUUUGCCAUUAACGCGACGAGAUACUUCCAAUGCCUCUUUCCUUUAUGUCGCAAAACAAUCAUACGUGUUGCUCGCCAAACCAGUCAUUACUUUGAUCCCAUUAACACCACAGAUACACUGCAACUCUAUAAUGGAUAUCUGUCUCACUAAAAAUGUCAGACACUAAAGCUUUUUCCUGCCGGAUAUGUCCCUUUUCAACAACCUCUCAUUCGAAGUUAACUCAAAAAUAUAAUGAUUUCCGUCGAGCUGUCACAGUGACAGCUCAUUGUCGAAGAACGGUGCGCCACGGAAUCCUUAAUGUCACUAUCUUUCGGAAAACACAUUAUUUUGUUCGAAUGUUGGCAUCAGAUAUCACGACCCUGACUAUCAAUACAAUCAA